AUGACCAUUCGUUGCACAUUUGUUUGCGCGGAUUUGCAGAUUUUAAGCUUUCCGCGUAAUACUGUCAUAAAUGAGCCAGAUCUUACUCAAGGGGCCCAGCUUGUACAACUACAUGCGCAGAACACGCCUAUCGCGGCAAAACUCAAAGAUCAUCUCGACUUAAAAGCACUUGUUUGUGCUUAG